CCGUCUAUUUUGUUUAGUUCGUAUUUUGGAGUGAAACCAGAAGGAACCCAUAGCAAAAGAAUAAGUUUUUUUUAGUUUAAGUUAAUAACUAGUAAUCACAUAUAAUCAAGAAUGCGUGAGUGUAUAUCUAUUCACGGCGGACAGGCCGGCGUUCAAAUCGGUAACGCCUGCUGGGAGUUGUACUGCCUGGAGCAUGGCAUCCAGCCGGACGGGCAGAUGCCGUCGGACAAGACCGUGGGCGGCGGUGACGACUCGUUUAAUACGUUUUUCAGCGAGACGGGCGCGGGCAAGCACGUGCCGCGUGCCGUGUUCAUCGACCUGGAGCCCACGGUGGUGGACGAGGUGCGCACGGGCACGUACCGCCAGCUGUUCCACCCCGAGCAGCUCAUCACCGGCAAGGAGGACGCCGCCAACAACUACGCGCGUGGACACUACACCAUCGGCAAGGAGAUCGUGGACCUAGUGCUCGACAGGGUGCGCAAGCUGGCCGACCAAUGCACGGGCCUGCAAGGCUUCCUCAUCUUCCACUCGUUCGGCGGCGGCACCGGCUCCGGCUUCGCCUCGCUCCUCAUGGAGCGGCUCUCCGUCGACUACGGGAAAAAGUCCAAGCUAGAGUUCGCCAUCUACCCCGCGCCACAGAUCUCCACCGCGGUCGUGGAGCCUUACAAUUCUAUCCUAACCACGCACACGACGCUGGAGCACUCCGACGCCGCCUUCAUGGUUGACAACGAAGCUAUCUACGACAUCUGCAGGAGAAACUUGGAUAUCGAGCGGCCGACCUACACCAACUUGAACCGCUUGAUCGGACAGAUCGUAUCCUCCAUCACUGCCUCGCUACGAUUCGACGGCGCGCUAAACGUGGAUUUGACCGAGUUCCAGACCAACUUGGUGCCGUAUCCUCGUAUCCACUUCCCGCUAGUCACGUACGCGCCCGUCAUCUCCGCCGAGAAGGCGUACCACGAGCAGCUGUCCGUCGCGGAGAUCACCAACGCGUGCUUCGAGCCGGCAAAUCAGAUGGUGAAAUGCGAUCCGCGGCACGGGAAGUACAUGGCGUGCUGCAUGUUAUACCGCGGGGACGUGGUGCCGAAGGACGUAAACGCGGCGAUAGGCACGAUAAAGACGAAGCGCACAAUCCAAUUCGUAGAUUGGUGUCCGACCGGAUUUAAAGUUGGGAUCAACUACCAGCCGCCGACAGUUGUUCCGGGCGGGGAUCUGGCUAAAGUACAGAGAGCCGUGUGCAUGUUGUCUAAUACGACAGCCAUCGCCGAAGCGUGGUCACGCCUCAACCACAAGUUUGACCUCAUGUACGCAAAGCGAGCGUUUGUCCACUGGUACGUAGGUGAAGGUAUGGAGGAGGGAGAGUUCUCGGAAGCGCGUGAGGACCUGGCGGCGCUCGAGAAGGACUACGAGGAGGUCGGCAUGGACUCCGGGGAAGGCGAGGGCGAAGGCGGCGAGGAAUAUUAGGAAGGAACAAUAUAUUUUAUAUUUUAUGUUAGGACGUUUUUGGUUCUCUUAGGUCUAAAACUACGUGAUUUUACUUUUCAUGUGUGCACAUAUUAACUUUUUGAUCUAUAUUUAUUAAAUUUGGGCGUUGCUUUUACCUGUA